CUCACAGAACACAGAGCACACAAGUCAAGGAGUCCCACAAUCACCGAAAUGACGCCCACACCCACUCACAUCUUCAUCACAGGUGUCACAGGUUAUAUUGGCGGUUCUAUUCUUCAGCGUCUGCUCGAUCACCCCAAAUCGGAUACUUUUCAAAUCACCGCACUUGUGAGGAACGAGGAAAAGGCAAAGAAGCUGCAUUCUAUCGGAGUCAAGGCAGUCGUAGCAUCUUUGGACGACUCUGACAAGCUCAAAGAACUGGCUUCGGCAGCGAACGUCGUCAUUCACACGGCCGACUCCGCGGAUCACCUCCCUGCGGCUAAAGCAAUUCUGAGCGGCAUCAAGCAGAGGCAUGAAAGCACAUCUGAUGUGCCGAUCUACAUACACACGUCGGGGACUGGUGUUUUGACCGAUACAGCUGCCGGUGAAAAGACGACGGAUACCAUCUACCACGACUCUCGACCGGAAGAGAUUGAAUCCCUAGCUGAUACGGCGUUCCAUCGGAACGUGGACCUGGAGCUUGUCAAAGCGGACAAAGAAGGAUAUGUGCGCACAUUCAUCGUGGUGCCUUCAACCAUCUAUGGAAUCGCACAAGGGCCACUCGUGGAUCUUGGGAUCCAGAACCCGUACUCCAUCCAAAUUCCUGCGCUUAUCAGAGCCAGUCUCGACAGAGGCCAAGCAGGCAUGAUAGGCCAAGGUAAGAAUUUAUGGCCAAAUGUUGAGAUCGGAGAAGUGGCGGACUUGUUUAUCGUCAUCUUCAACGCGGCACUCGCGGACCCAAAGACGGCACACGGCCGCGAAGGGUUCUACUUUGGCGAGAAUGGCGAACACGUCCUUUCUGACAUCUCGAAAGCGAUUGGGAAAGUCAUGGUUAGGCUUGGCAAAGCCAAAACUGCUGAGCCGACGACGUUCACAGAAGAUGAAGUGUUUAAAUACUUUGGGAGCGCCUACCUCGGCACAAACUCUCGCGCGCGCGCGGAACAGGGGAGGGCGCUUGGGUGGAAGCCGGUCAAGACGACCAAGGACUUGUUAGCGAGCGUACAGCCUGAAGUAGAGGCUAUUGUAAACCGGCAGUGAGGCGUUGAGAUGUAGGGUGGAAUGUAGCGGCACGAGGCUCGAGAAACGAAAUAUAUACCGAUGGAAGACCUUGUAGCAGAGCACUGUAGUCUGAAACUAUCUUUGUAUCUAGUCAUCGUCUCUGCGUGUAUGUUCCUUUCUUUGCGGC